AUGAAUAAUAAGAACCAGCUGGUGGUUGGCGCUUAUUCGGAUGGUUUGUAUAUCGUUGAUCCGGAAACAAAAAAGUACCAGCAACUUAUGAAGGGGAAUACAGCGGAGGAUCUUAACUCGAAUGAUAUUUUCUGCAUCUCGAAAGAUCGUAGUGGCAAAAUGUGGAUUGGGACCAAUGGAGAAGGUGUGAAUGUAAUGGAUGAGAAUAAUAAGAUAAUAAAGAAAUAUACGCCGAACCCGAAAUAUGCAAAUGAUGUCCUGCUACCCGUCAAUGGUUUUAUAAGGGAUAUACAGGAAGAUGAUAACGGAAAUAUCUGGAUA